AGCGUGCCCCCGUUCGCUGUGCUGGCAGCAAGAUCUUCGCAGAUCAGUUUUUGUUUAGCCGUCGUGUCGUUUGGCUCGCCGCGAACCGUUUCGUUCUAAAGCGUGGUACAGUGAGCUGUGUUCCGUUCUUGAGUAGAGCCUUUGAAGUGUGAAACGACAGCGCAUCAAACGGCAUCGGUGAAAAAAAAAGUGUCGCAAACGUGUUCUGCGGCGUGUGUGUGUUUGGCUUUUGGCCAACGGUCCAAUUGCUGUUGCUGCGGCGCAAACGAUCGUGCGAAAUAAGGGCAGCCGUGUACGGCCAGCGAGUGACGACCAAAUAAAAAAAAGUGCCCCCGAAGUGAAUUCUGAUAAAACCCGCCUCCGUGUGUUGCGUGGUUGCAGUUUGGUGUUUGGUGUGUCUUUUUGGUCGUUUCUUCCUGAUCCCGAUAACCCAAUGUGUGUGCGUGUGUAUCCCGUGUGUGUGUCCCGGUGAUAGUGUGGCUUCAGGAAGUCCAGUGCUGUGAGUGUCCUGCUCGCCGUGGAACGGAGACCACAACCCGUACCAGAAGGAGACACCGGAGACGAGGGCCCGCUUCGAGAACGGCGGGCUGGUCUUUGAUUGUUCUUUUGCGGUCGCGACUCUUCAUGCCCGGUGUGCGCGCUUGGCCGAUGUGUAGUUUAUUGAGCAAUUAACAAGGAGAUAAAUAAUUGCCGUUCACAAAAUGAUGCGGCUUGGGCUAUACCUUGCAGCGUCAUGGACGUUACUAUGUACCUACAGUGCCGCAAUGCCAGACAUCCAUCAUCACAUGUCCUCCGCCCAGCUACAGGAAGUGUUCCACGUAGAUCACGUCGAUCUGGUACCUCACUACGAGCUCGUCAAGCUAACACACCACACAAACAGGCCGGUCCUUGCCAGCUCCCGGCGAAAACGAAGCAUCGAUGGGCCGGUGGCGAAAACGAACGGUCUGUUCGCCAGCACGGCCGGUACCAACGGUCCCAAUCACCACGUCAAAAAGGACCUCAGCAAGGUACGGUUCACCGAGAAAGUGAGCGAGCUGGGAGUGAAACCGAGCCAGCAGAAGAAAGCCGUCCCGAGGACCAGUUUUGACGGUCGACAAGAGAUCCCACUGGAGGCGGGUCCUAUGGUGAGCAGCGAUCAACAGCAGCAGCAGCAGCAGGUUGAUGACGCGACCACGCUGGAACCGAUGGAGGAUGGUGUCAGUAUAGCGGACAUUAACGAGCACCGGGUGUCGUUCGGUGCGUUCGGGGAGAAUGUGAACCUCACGCUCCGGAAAACGGAAGGACUGCUGCGGGGCGGGGCACACUCGCUGCGGAUGUGGAACGUCCGGUCGGAUCCCAACUCGACGCAGGGACUGGUUUACGAGGAGAUUCACGAUGAGGAUCCAGAACCAGCCGACUCCUUCGGUGACAUCUACCAGGAUGAGGAAAAUGUGGCGGCAGUGCUGAUGCGAAAGCACCUGGAAAGUGGAGAUCUAAUGAUGGAGGGUAGUAUAGGUCAUGAACUAGUGAUAAAGCCAGUGCCAACCGACAUCUCCCAGGAGGAGGAUGGAAGUGUUCAUCACGUUAUUUAUAAGCGCAAAACUCCGGAGGAGCACAACGAUCAGUUCAGUGAUUACGCAUUCAUGGAACCGGACCGGCUACAGAAACGGUUUCGGUCUAAACGCAGCCCGCAAGCGUACUACAAAAGCUCGCGAGCCAUCGAUCGGACCAUCUAUCCCGAAAUUCUGGUGAUCGUCGACUACGACGGCUACCGGCUGCACGGUGGCGAUAACGUGCAGGUCAAGCGCUACUUCGUCUCCUUCUGGAACGGUGUCGAUCUGCGGUACCGGUUGCUAAAGGGACCGAAAAUUCGCAUCAGCAUCGCGGGCAUCAUUAUCUCACGGGGCCGUGAUGCAACCCCAUACCUGGAACGGAACCGUGUCGGGCGGGAUGCGAUCGAUUCGGCGGCCGCCCUCACCGAUAUGGGGAAGUACCUGUUCCGGGAACGAAGGCUCCCGGUGUACGAUAUUGCCGUUGCCAUCACGAAACUAGAUAUGUGUAGAAGGCAAUAUGCAAAUGACGCGUGUAAUCGCGGUACCGCAGGAUUCGCCUAUGUCGGUGGAGCGUGCGUGGUAAACAAGCGCCUUGAAAAGGUCAACAGUGUUGCCAUCAUUGAGGAUACCGGUGGUUUCAGUGGCAUUAUCGUUGCCGCCCAUGAAGUUGGUCAUCUUCUUGGUGCCGUUCAUGAUGGUUCCCCGCCGCCCAGCUAUCUUGGAGGACCGGGUGCGGAGAAGUGUCGCUGGGAGGAUGGGUACAUCAUGUCCGAUCUGCGGCACACCGAGCGAGGAUUCCGCUGGUCGCCGUGCAGUGUGCAAAGCUUCCACCAUUUCCUCAAUGGUGACACUGCCAGCUGCCUGCACAAUCCACCCCACGAAGAUGAAGCGCUCGGACGGGCGUUACCGGGCACACUGCUCUCGCUCGAUGCCCAAUGUCGGCGGGACCGUGGAACGUCCGCCUGCUUCAAGGAUGAACGGGUGUGCGCCCAGCUGUUCUGUUUCGAUUCGGCCAGCGGUUACUGUGUCGCGUACCGGCCCGCCGCCGAAGGAUCCUCCUGUGGAGAUGGACAACACUGUCUCGAUGGGCGAUGUGUUGCGGAGCAUGAAAACAUUAUACCGGACUAUUCGCAACAUACUCCAUCGUACACGCGCUACAAUCAGCAGUCUGUGAAAUAUAACUACGACGACAAGUCAGAUCAGCAGGAAGAAUAUUAUGAACCGUCUAGCACGCCAACGACAUCAACGACAACCAGCACCACCACCACCACCACCACCACCACAACAACAACCACCACCACAACACCUCCACCGCCGCCAGCGACAUCGACGAGGAACUAUUACCAGUAUUUCCAUCACAAGUCCACGAGUACCUAUCCCAAUGAUUACCAUUCAGCUAAAAGCCCUAGCCCUAGUGAUAAUGGUAACGGUGGUAAUGGCAACAACCAAUAUCACAACAACAACAACAACAACCACAACAACAACUACGGCAACAACAAUUACGCUCACUACAACCCGACGACCAAGCCGACACCGUACAGUACGAAACCGACGACCAAGACACCGUACGUGUUCAGUAAAUACACCUUCAGCUCGACCAAAGCUCCAACAACCACCACCACAACGCAUCGACCGUCCUGGAACAAUGGCAACCGUGAGGAUGACAAUAGUAACGCACUACCGCACUACAACAGCCAACAACCGCACCACCAACAACAGCACUACCAACACCAACAACAGCCGUACGGUGGGGAUGGUGGAUACGAUCAGGGUGGACAUGAUGGCGGUCCCUUCCCCGCCGCCGCCACCACCACCACGACACGCAAACCGAAAGCCACCUACCAUCCGGUGUUCGACGUGUACUUCAACCGGAUCGCACAAACGACCACACGCAAUCCGUACAACUUUUCCUACUUUGCCAAACGCACCACCACCAAAAGCGCACCGAACUAUGCACUCAACAGCAACUAUCUCGGUGCAAACAGCCAGCUCAGUGUGGCCAGUGUUGCCAGCAGUGGGAAUGGAGGUAGCGGUAGCACAUCGGCACGUACCGGGCGUUACUACUGAGCGUUACGCGGUGCGGCGUUACGCCGUCACAGGACACGCGCAUGCAGCACAUCAGUGCCAGUAAUGUCUUGAUUUCAUUAUCUGAACACGCUCGUGUGGAUGUGUGUGUGUGAUUGUUUGAUAUCCUGCGAUGGUGUGCUUUUCACCAGUUUUUUUGUUUUUUUGUUUCUUCCUCCAUCGACUACCUUUACUGCGUUACCGAACGUUAACAUCCGUUUUAGGAAUGUGUCGUUUGCGGGCUUGUGUGCGUGUGCCGGUAGUCGAUCGGGAGGAGGGGGACUUUUUUUUCAAAAGCUGUUCCUUUUGCUUUUCUGCUGGUUUAUUUUUCUUCACUUUUUUCCAUUGCUUUCCGUUCUUUGGCUUACACUUUUUACCUCACUUGUUUUGUGCACUUUUUUGAGUAUUUUGUUUCUAUUUUAUUUUACUGCACAGCUCACUUUUGUUUUCCUUUUAUACAAUUCUGUGAAAAUUCACACGCAACACUCCCAAAACGUUGCAUAUGAUAAGCGUAAAACAUGUACUAAAGCAAGAUAAGUUCGUGUGGAUGGCAUCACUUUAGUGCGUAAGGUUGUAAACUCAAAAGUCUGCCCAUUUGCAACAACGAAAAAUUAGACUGUGGUCCAUUUUAAGAUUCAUUGCUCGCGGAACAUCGAUAAAACGAAACCCCCGCCCUUUCAUUUCAAUCAACGACAUUUACCAUUUAUUGCCUUUUUUGUGGUUUUGUACUUUAAUUUGUGUAGAAUUCAACUUAGGCUACACCUAAUCGAUAUAAAGUUAACGUUAGCAAUGGUAAGCUAGGGAAGGAAAGCAACAUUUUGAAGCAACAUUUUCGCUGGAUUUCGAAAAUGGUUCCACGCUUCACGAUUGACCCAAAAGCUCACAAGAAUUAAUGGGUUCACAGUCAUCACUUCCUUUGCAAAAGAACAGAAGUUUCUUCCUAAAUGCACACAAAAAGCUUGGAGAAGAGGAGAGAACACGUUUCGUGCGACAGCACACGCACAUCAGUGAUCGCACGCCAUUUCGAUCGAUACUAUCGGAUUCCCUAAGUCCUCAUUCCACAAAGUCCAUCUGGAACCGUCGCUAUAUCUGAUGGUUGGACGUAACAAUAUUGAACCGCUCUACUACCAAUAACUCUGCUCGCUAAUUUCACAACAAGCCCCUUAUACGCUAUCGCUAUGUACAGAGAGGACUUAUGGUAAACGCUAUGUAUAGAGAAACGUACAAUAUUUAUACGGUACAACAACAAAAGAAAAAAAAACAAACGCUAAAUGGUGCAACGAAUGGAUUCCCCAAAUGGCUUCUCACUGCCACUCGAAAGCUUUGGAUGAUGAGGAUAAGCGAUACAAAAACUUUAUGAAUGCCAUCAAGCGGAAGCGAUUACAGCAUCUGAAGGAGCAGCUGCAGUUGCAGCAGCUGCAACAACAGCCCGAGCUCGUCAGCAACCAUCAGUAGUGGGGCGAGUAGCUGUGUGCUCUCGUGUGUGUGUGAAUGGGAUGGUCCAAAUCUGUGUUCAAAAUUCGUCGUCCGUCAGGAGAGUUUAGAAAGCCAAGGAAAUGCUCACGAAUGCUAUUGCAAAUAGGAAACGCAACUCCUUUCUGUUGUUUUUGGACAAAUACUUCAAACCAAACAAAUCUACUGCUCCACUGACACCACUGUUUUGACGUGCAUUUCUUGUUUUUGAAGAAAAUCUUUCACUGCAAAUUGUUCAUACUACACUGUCUGUGAGCCGAAAAGGAAGAGAAAAAAAGAGAAGGAAGAUAGAGAUAUCGAGAGAGCGAGAUAUAAUGCAAAGCAUGUACACAAAAAAAAACCAACUGCCACCCUCUUGUUUGCUCUAGCGAUCCUUAGUAAGGUGUACUUAGGUUAAAGUCUCGUGUUUUGUGUCCUGCGGUAGGACUUUUCAUUGCACCUGGUUGUCCAUCAUUAAGCUGUGUGAAUGAAAACACUCGCACACACACCCCUAAACCUACACAUCCACACAGUCUUCAACCAUCCCAAACCCUUUUUUUUCUAAGCUAGAUAGGCUGCUUGCUUAUGCUCUGUUCAAUGUAAAUAGUUAGUGCGUUAGUGUCUGUUUAUUGCAUAUGUUUAGGUUCUUGCGUCUUAUAUGGGCAAGCGGAAAACGAUGUCACGAAUAUCGGUUUUCUAACGUGUAAAGUGCAAACAACGAACGGAUAAGACAAAUCAGAUAUCAGUAGCAGUAGCAGACCUAGUAGUACAUUUUUUUUGGAAUUUGUAGCAAGCUAUCAGGUGGAUAAAACAAUGCAAUUGAUAUUGCUAAACGAAAGCAGACCACCCGAGGGAGAAGAGCGUAAAAAACAAGAUGAUAUCUAGACCGGAGACGCGUUUGGCCGCGUCACCAUUAUGUAGUGUUUUAAUUUAUUGGAUUUAAGUUAUGCGAUAGUUACUCUCUCCUUUCCACUUCUUCUGUCCCCUUCUCUUCUCGUGUUGUGUAUGUGUUUUGUGGAAAAGGGUGUCGAUUUUUGUGGCUCACACAGGAAGGAUGUUUUCUACCGUGUUGUGUCAGAGAUCCGAUUAUACCCGUCAGGCGCACACCGUUGAUUCGAUCGUGCGCUCGGGCUACAUUGAUCGUUCGAAUGAGCUACAAGUAAACACGAGUUAGGUACUAGAUGUUAGAGUUUUUUUUUUGUUAAGAUGAUACAAUAGCUGCGAAAAAUGGCGUACGCGUGCACGGCACGCGGUGCGAAGUUAUAGUUUCGUUUGUGCAGGAUCAUAAUAGUGUACGCGAUAGAAGGCGUUCGAGGUGAGAUAUUCGUUAACUGGUGAACAGUUUACAGUGGACGAAGCGGAUGAUUGUAUUUCGUUUAUGUAUUUUGUAAAGUGAGUAUCUAAAUAAAGAGAAAAAAAUAUAUAAAUUCGAAA